GAGCCCCGCCCCGCCAGUUCGCACGUGGCCCCCGCCUGACCCGGCGCCGGGAGGCGGAGUAGGGCGGGGCGGGCGGCAAACGCAGCACUUUCCGCGGCUUUGACAAGCCCGCGGCGGCCGGGCCCGAGCGCUUAGCGGGGCCCAGACUGCGCCAUGCAGGAAGCGCCGGCCGCGCUGCCCACGGAGCCGGGCCCCAGCCCAGUGCCUGCCUUCCUCGGCAAGCUAUGGGCGCUGGUGGGCGACCCGGGCACCGACCACCUGAUCCGCUGGAGCCCGGUGAGGGCUGGGGCCCCUCGACUUCCUCAGUGGUCCCCGGGAUUCCUCCACGUCAGUGAACGUCCACGCUCAUCAACCCCUGCCUGGGACGGGGUUGUGGGUCCCUUGAUUCAGCCGUCUAGGAGCGGCACCAGCUUCCUCGUGAGCGACCAGAGCCGCUUCGCCAAGGAGGUGCUGCCCCAAUACUUCAAGCACAGCAACAUGGCAAGCUUCGUGCGGCAACUCAAUAUGUACGGUUUUCGGAAGGUGGUGAGCAUCGAGCAGGGUGGCCUGCUGAGACCCGAACGGGAUCACGUCGAGUUCCAGCACCCGAGCUUCGUACGCGGCCGAGAGCAACUGCUGGAACGUGUGCGCCGCAAGGUGCCCGCGCUGCGCGGCGACGACGGCCGCUGGCGCCCCGAGGACCUGGGCCGGCUGCUGGGCGAGGUGCAGGCUUUUCGGGGAGUGCAGGAGAGCACCGAGGCGCGGCUGCGGGAACUCAGGCAGCAGAACGAGAUCCUGUGGAGGGAGGUGGUCACGCUGCGGCAGAGCCACGGUCAACAGCAUCGGGUCAUCGGCAAGCUGAUCCAGUGCCUCUUUGGGCCACUUCAGGCUGGGUCUGGCAGCGCAGGAGCUAAGAGGAAGCUGUCGCUGAUGCUGGAUGAGGGGUGCCCAUCGCCAGCCAAAUUCAACGCCUGCCCCUUACCUGGUGCCCUCCUGCAGGACCCCUACUUUAUCCAGUCGCCCCUCCCAGAGACCACGGUGGGCCUCAGCAGCCCUCACAGGGCCAGGGGCCCCAUCAUCUCCGACCUCCCAGAAGACUCUCCUCCUGAAGGAACCAGGCUUUCCCCCUCCAGUGGUGGCAGGAGGGAGAAGGGCCUGGCACUGCUCAAAGAAGAGCCAGCCAGCCCAGGGGGGGAAGGCGAGGCCGGGCUGGCCCUGGCCCCAAACGAGUGUGACUUCUGCGUGACAGCACCCCCACCGCUGCCUGUGGCUGUGGUGCAGGCCAUCCUGGAGGGGAAGGGGAGCUUCAGCCCUGAGGGGCCCAGGAGUGCCCAACAGCCUGAACCAAGAGGCCCCAGGGAGGUUCCCGACAGGGGCCCUCUGGACCUGGAGAGGGGAGGCCGGAGCCCAGACAGUCUGCUGCCUCCAAUGCUGCUUCGGGCCCCCCCUGAAAGUGUGGAGCCCGCAGGGCCGCUGGAUGUGCUGGGCCCCAGCCUCCAAGGGCGGGAAUGGACUCUGAUGGACUUAGACAUGGAGCUGUCCCUGCCCCAGCUCCCUUCCCCAGCUGCUUCCUGGGGUUCUCUUCUGCAGUUGCAGCCCUUGGUUCCAGAGAAGGGUGAGACUGAGCUGGCGGUUAAGGGGUUAAGUUCUCCAGGCCCAGGAAAGGACUCCACACUCGGGGCACCACUCCUGCUGGACAUCCCAGCGGCUUUAGGAGGCCCAGCCCUCAGCCUGCCCGGAGCUUUAACCAUUUACAGCAGCCCUGAGAGCCGGGCCUCCUACCUGGGCUCGGGAGACAACCCCUCACCCUGAGACCCCCUCCACUCCGAAGCCAGCCCUGCUGAGGGGCUGGCUGGCAGUAGCACGCCCUGCUCGGCUUCCUUGAGCCCCCUGGUGGACGCUGAGUGAAGCCCCACUUACUUGGCAGCCCCUCUCCAUUCCCGAGUCCUGCAUAAAACCGCAAUUUUUUUUCUGUU